GCCGAGGGCGAAGACAAGAACAAGCUGCACUCGUGCCACCUGUGCGGCUUCUCGUCGCGCUACGCCAACCACGUCAAGCGGCACAUGAAGACGCACAACGGCGAGAAGCCCUUCAACUGCCCCGUGUGCGCCUACGCCUCGGCGCAGCUGGUCAACCUGCAGCGCCACCUGCGCAUCCACACGGGCGAGAAGCCCUACAAGUGCGAGAGCUGCGCCUUCGCCUGCAGCUCCCUGGGCAACCUCAAGCGGCACCAGCGCAUGCACAUGCCCGUCGGCGCCAGGCCCGAGUCGCUGCAGCAGCCCGCCGCCGGGCACGCCGGCCUCAAGAGACACACCGUGGGCGGCCACAGAGCCAGCGAAGACGACGACGAAGCUGCCAAGGAGGUGGCCGCAGCCUCAGCCCACCUGACUCUGGCGGCUCAGAACGCCGACUACCUCUCGGCCUUUGAGAGUCUGAAAGGGGCGUCGCCGCAGUCCACGCCAGCCCCCAGCGCCGCCCCCUGCCACCCGACAAGCAACGGCCUGGGUGCCAGGGCGAGCCGGACGCCGCCCUCCUCGUCGCUGUUCCCCUUCACGUGCCGCCUGUGCGGCGUGGUGCUGGAGGACGAGGACGGCUCGUCGGCGCAGAUCUGCGCCAAGUGCACACUGGAGAUGCUCACCAAGGACUCGUCGUCGUCGCCCGGCAGCCCCGGCGAGCGCGGCGACAAGGUGUACACGUGCGCCGCCUGCCCCUUCCUCACGCAUUACCCCAACCACCUGGCGCGCCACAUGAAGACGCACAGCGGCGAGAAGCCCUACAAGUGCCCGCAGUGCGACUACGCCUCGGCGCACUUCGAUAACCUCAAGCGGCACCACCGCGUGCACACGGGCGAGAAGCCCUACAAGUGCCACCUGUGCGACUACGCCUGCGGCAACCUGGCCAACCUCAAGCGGCACCAGCGCGUGCACUCCGGCGCCAAGCCCUUCGUGUGCGCCGUCUGCAACUACAGCUGCAACCAGAGCAUGAACCUCAAGCGCCACAUGCUGCGGCACACGGGCGAGAAGCCCUACAAGUGCCAGGAGUGCGGCUACACCACCGGCCACUGGGACAACUACAAGAGGCACCAGAAGAAGCACGGACACGCCACCGACGGCUGGGUCAAGAUGCCACCCGCCGCCCCCGGGAGGAACCAGGAUGACAAGGGCGGGCCCCGGGGCGGCCACAGAAAAGAGGCCGUGGCCGCCGCCGCCGCGCCGGAAAUGGCCUACAUGGCCAGGGAGGGCGCUCAGACUUUGCAGCACCCCAACUGGAAACUGGAAAUGGUCUAAAGAUGGCGUUUUGGUCAACUCUUUGAUGCCUGCCUUUGCCUUCUGUCGUCGUGCUUCUGUGUGUCACCCUUCUACUCC